GAGGCUUUGCUUUUUAAGUCUCUGGUGAUGCUAGCUCGGAGGCCAUUCUAAAGCACACCCGGAAGGCGGAAGUCCUUGGGCGGAAGUGGCCGAGAGUAAAGGAGAAUGGCGUUGGAGGCCUGGCUUUGGCGCUGGGGCUGGGGCUGGGGCCAGCGGUGCCCAGGGAGGCCUGGGCUUCCUGGCCCCGGCCCAGGCCCCGCUACACUAAUACGUUUUCUUCUGUUGCUGGGUCCGGUGGCUGCGGAUAUAACUGACGGCAACAGUGAACACCUCAAGCGGGAGCAUUCUCUUAUCAAGCCCUACCAAGGGGUCGGUUCCAGCUCCAUGCCUCUCUGGGAUUUCCAAGGCAGCACUAUGCUUACGAGCCAGUACGUGCGUCUGACCCCUGACGAGCGCAGCAAAGAGGGCUCCAUUUGGAACCACCAGCCAUGCUUCCUCAAGGACUGGGAGAUGCAUGUCCACUUCAAAGUCCACGGCACAGGGAAGAAGAAUCUUCAUGGAGAUGGCAUUGCCUUGUGGUACACCCGAGACCGCCUUGUGCCAGGGCCUGUGUUUGGAAGCAAAGACAACUUCCAUGGCUUAGCCGUCUUCCUGGACACAUAUCCCAAUGAUGAAACCACUGAGCGUGUGUUCCCAUACAUCUCGGUGAUGGUGAACAAUGGCUCCCUGUCCUACGACCAUAGCAAGGAUGGGCGCUGGACUGAACUGGCAGGCUGUACAGCUGACUUCCGAAACCGGGAUCACAAUACCUUCCUGGCUAUACGCUAUUCCCGGGGCCGCCUCACGGUGAUGACUGACUUGGAGGACAAGGAUGAGUGGAAGAAUUGCAUUGAUAUCACGGGAGUGCGCCUGCCCACCGGCUACUACUUUGGAGCCUCUGCUGGCACUGGUGACCUAUCUGACAAUCAUGACAUCAUCUCCAUCAAGCUGUUCCAGCUCAUGGUAGAACACACACCUGAGGAGGAAAACAUUGACUGGACCAAGAUUGAACCCGGAGUCAACUUCCUCAAGUCACCCAAAGACAAUGUGGACGACCCCACUGGGAACUUCCGAAGCGGGCCCUUGACAGGGUGGAGGGUGUUCCUGUUAUUGCUGUGUGCACUUCUGGGAAUCAUUGUCUGUGCUGUGGUGGGUGCUGUGGUGUUUCAGAAGCGCCAAGAGCGGAACAAACGUUUCUACUGAGCAGCCAGCUUGGCUGGGAAGGGCCUGACCUUGAGUCAAGGCUCCUAUGUGAACUUUUUUUCUACUGGGAUUGUUAAAAAAAAAAAAAAAUGAGACAGCCUUAUUUCUUAACCGUUUCAAAUAAAUAAUUAAAGUAUUUUCAUACAUUUUACUUCUUGCCAGCUGUGGCAGCUGGCAGGACUCAGGGUGCGGGGUUGAGCAUCCCCACAGCUGGAGGCUCUUGCCCUGCCCCAUGAUGUCUUCUUGGAAGCAAAGGAGUCUAUACUUGGGGCCCAGGUGAGGCCCUGAAGGUGGCUGUCAAAUAUUGGAGGCCCCUAGACUACCUGGGGUGGUUCCUUAGGAUCCCAAGCAGUGGCUUUGUUCUGAGGUGUGUGACAGCAGGCAGGGUUGGGGAGUCUGGCUUCCUUGUAUCCCCUCAGCUUGUUCCCAAGGCAGCCUCAGCUGAGGCGGGAAGAGCAGUUCAGUGGGGCUCAGAGUGUGACCAUGUACUAUGUACUAAGUAAAGUAGCCAGUCUCAUUCGUGUGACUAUCCUAA